GUGUUUAGAAUAGAAGUGCGACCAACAACGAUGGAUUCGGGGCUUUCGAGUCGCAAUAGCACGCUGGGGAACCAGUACUCCCGUUCUUACAUGAAGCAGGAAAAUGCAAAACAGCAACGCCACUCGUUACCCAUUUACUCGGUGCGCAAAUCCUUGAUGGAAAUGGUACGAAAGUCUACCACCAUAAUCGUACUGGGUGAAACGGGUAGCGGCAAAACGACACAGAUGCCACAAUUUAUCUACGAAGCUGGACUGAACGGCGAUAAAACGAUUGCCAUCACACAGCCCCGGCGUGUGGCAGCGAUUACAGUGGCGAAGUGGGUUGCAAUGGAGAUGGGCAGCAAUCUGGGAGAUGUUGUCGGUUAUACGGUACGAUUUGAGGACAUGACAUCGCAAAACACACAGAUCAAGUACAUGACCGAUGGUAUACUGUGUCGUGAGGCACUUUCCGACCGGCAGCUACGCAACUACAACGUGAUCAUACUGGAUGAGGUACACGAGCGCACCGUGGCAACGGAUGUGUUGCUGGGUGUGGUGAAAAAGGCACAACAAAUACGUGCGCUGAAGCGUAUGCCCCCACUUAAGGUGAUUAUUAUGUCGGCCACAAUGGAUUGUGAUCAUUUUGCGAGCUACUUCAACGAUUGUCCGAUCGUGUAUCUGCAAGGCCGUACGUACCAGGUAAAGGUUUACCAGAUGGUCGAAAAAAUGCACUACAUCGAGGCGUGUCUGAAGACCGUGGUAGAGAUACAUCAGACGCAACCUGCUGGAGACAUACUGGUAUUUCUUACCGGACAGGAAGAGAUUGACGCAACCGUUAACAAAAUGCGCCGUUUAGCUAAGAGCUUUUCUUCAGAUCUUCCAAAGCUGGCCGUUUAUCCAAUGUAUGCCGCGUUGCCCCAAACGCAACAGCUGGACGUUUUCAAUCCAGCUCCAUCGAACGUUCGGAAAGUUAUCUUUGCGACCAACAUCGCCGAAACGUCCAUUACCAUUAACGGUAUCCGGUACGUGGUCGAUUGCGGACGAGCCAAGGUCCGUUCGUACGAUCCCAUCACCGGUAUGGAUAUGUUGAAAGUGGCUUGGAUAUCACAAGCACAAGCCCACCAACGCACCGGACGAGCGGGUCGUAUAAACGAUGGAGUUUGUUUCCGAACAUACUCCAAGGAAGCGUACGAACAUUUGGAUAAGAUGACCGCGCCGGAAAUCCUACGCUGCAACCUGUCCGCCACCAUCCUCAAUCUGCUCGUGAUGGGUGUCAACUAUAAAGAGUUUGAUUUCAUAGACAAACCACCGGAAGAGGCAAUUAUAGGUGCCUUGCUAGAGCUGAAAGCAUUGAAUGCAAUUUCGUCGGUAGAGAAUCCCAUACUGACCGCACUCGGUGGCAAGAUGGCACGCUUUCCGCUCGAUCCCAAAUACUCCAAGAUGUUGCUUUCGGCUCCAAAAUUCGGCUGCCUGGAGGAAAUCCUCACGAUCAUUGCGAUGCUCUCGGGGGAGAACAUCUUUACCAACAGUGCACAAAAGCGUGAACAGAUGCUGAUUGCACAUUCGAAGUUUUACGACAAAUCGGGCGAUCACAUUACGCUGCUGAACGUGUUUAACGAGUUUAAAACGAAAACCAAACCGAAGAUGUGGUGCUUUGACAAUUUUCUGCACGAACGUAACCUUACCCAUGCGGCCUCGAUCCGCGAGCAGCUGAGCGAAAUAUGUAAAGCGCUUGACAUUCCGAGCAGCUCGUGCGGAGCCGAUACGACACCGGUGGCCAAAUGUUUGCUGACGGGACUGUUCGCCAACAUUGCCACCAAGCAACCGGACCAUCUUUACCUUACCUCGACCAGCGGACUGAAGGCGCGCAUUCAUCCAUCGAGUUCGAUUUGUGGCAAACUGCGACCGCCGGUUGUGAUCUAUACGGAGCUGGUAGCGACGCGGCUAAACUAUCUAAGGAACGUGACCGAAAUCGAUCCGGCAUGGAUCGAUGAAGUUGUGCCAAAUGUGAACCUACGCCCAACGAAAGCUCUUAGCGAGCACAAUUAUCGAGCGUAUCAAUCACACAAAUGAAUACUGCGAAA